AUGUCCACAUCUCGUCAGAUAGAUGAUGGACCUGGUGUACUACAGUUAUGCAGAUGGACGGUGUUACAACCCCAUCUCAAACUAUCAGAAUUUCGAGAGGCUUUUAUAUCUCCAACAAGGCGUCUUUUUGGACUGCUCUCAGAACAUGGGGAUCUUGUCCUGGCAACUGCUGAGGUCAACCCAUCACAAGUUGAGUCACAUAGAGCUCUCUCAGAUACCUGUACUCAGGCAGUCUUCGAAACGCUUUCUACUAUUCCGAGAGUGAAGUCUUUGUCAUGGGGAUACUGUUCUGAUGCUUUUGAUGACUCAAGUUUUAAUGAAAUUCUUGUGGUAUCUAGUGAUACUUCUAUCACAGUCCAUGCAUUCUGCCGUUCUCACAAAAGCACACUAGCAGUUAAUUCCACGUCUGAUGCUAAAGAGUUGCAUGGGGAGUGGAAAGAGUGGCACCCUACUGAAUGUGCAGUGUUGGAGGAUGGUGAGUCAGGUCCAAAAAAGUGGUUUUGUUCUUUCCUGACUACAAUCACUUCGUCUGUUUCUAAUGGAAAAUACCAAGCCAGAUUUCCCAUGAAAUCUUUAUUACCUAAUUCAGCAGAAGUGGUAUCCUUUAGCAUAUAUGACAUUACUCUCUCUUUCUUGAAGUUUUGGUAUAGCAAAUGUUCUCUGAAGACUAUGCCGGAAACUGGCAGUGAAUCACCACGAAGUUUCCUUAGUUCUUUACCUGUGGCUGAAGCAUCAUGCAGUUGUCAGUGGGAGUGUCUAAAAGUUCUGUCUAGCUCUUCAGGUUAUUUGAUUGGCUUAGUUUUGACUCCUAACGAAUCAGUAAGUUGUGAGGCCCAUCCAUCCAGCGCAGAGUGCAUUUUGGUUGCUGUUCUGGAGCUAAACCACUGGGGUAUACAGUGGAACUUUGUGGCAGACCUUCAGGAUGCAUGUGAUGGUAUUAGGCCAAGUUCAAAAUGGGUUGAUUUUCAGUUAUCAGAUGUGUUUCUUACCUGCCUUAAUACAGCAGGUUUUGUUGCCAUUUGGAACGUGAAAACUGGUGGUCUUGCGACGUCAUUCAGUGUUCUUCAACAGUGCAGAACAGACCUGGAGAUGCCUCUGAGGAGCUCUAUGCCCAUUGUGACAAAUUUGGAUGGGGGAAAUAUCCCUGUUGAGAACUUUGUUGGCAGAAUGUUUAAGCGGUUAGUUUUGGCAUCAUACUCUUGUCUUCUUGCUGUUGUAGAUGAGGUUGGAGUAGUGUAUGUGUUCUAUGCGGAUGACAUCUUAAACUUCAAAGCUAAUGUGCAUGAAAUCUUUGAUCUGCCUGUUAUGAAUCAUUUUGCUGAUUGUUUUUCUACCUGGGAAGCUGCUGGUCAUGAGAUAGGAAGUCUAUCAUUUUGUACUAAUCAGUCCAUACGAGGGUCACUUAAUCUAGCCAAAUUGGUUCCUGAGUUCUCAGGGAAAACCAAUGUUGUUAUUGCCAGGCCUAGAAAAAGAAGAAAGUAUAGAUGCAAUGAAAAUGAAGUGGACAGCUGGCCAAGUGGCUUUGUCACUACAGGGCAGAUGAAAGUUGGGGUAGCUUAUCCUCACACAAAUUCCUCUAGUUUCUUAAGGAGGAUAAUUCUUCCUCCACGCAGAUCACAGCAGGAUGUAAUUAGCCUGUCUCCACUUGGACUAACUAGGAUUUUUAAAGGUUCUAUUACGGAUGGAAACGAGCAUGUCAAAAUUUUUCAUUCCGAGUUGCUUAUGUAUUCAUCUUUUCUUGGCAAAGGAGAUAUUGAUGUUGGUCUUAUGGACAAAAUGCUUCCAUUUCAGAAGGAUUCUGCUUUUGUUGGAGAUUCUGUUGUUUGCUCCUGCCAGGGGUAUCUGUAUUUAAUUACCCAGUAUGGUCUUUCUGUGGUCCUUCCUCCGGUUUCUGUAUCGUCUUUUUCAUCUCAUGGUGACACCAUCAAAUUUUGGCAACCGGGUCCUGCUACUGGUAGUACAUGCAAUGCUCUGAACUUAUUAUCUGUUGACAGAUCUGAAACAAGCUGGAAAACCUGGCAAAUAGAAGUUCUGGAUAGAGCGUUGUUGUAUGAAGGGCCUGCACUAGCAGACAGGCUCUGUUGGGAGAAUGGAUGGGAUUUGAAAUUCUCUAGGUUACGGUGGCUGCAAUUGGCCCUUCACUACUCAAUGAUUGGUGAUCUAGAGCAGUCACUGAAUUUGCUCGCUGAGGUCAAUCUUGCGGAAGAAGGUGUCUUGCAACUACUAUUGGCAUCUAUUCAUCAGUUAUCUAGUAGGACUGGAAGUGGUAAUGAAGCUGCGGUGUCAUCCAAGUUAAUGGUUUUAGCUGUCCGCUUUGCAACAAGAAUGAUCAAAUGUUAUGGGCUACAAAAGCAAAACACAGAUAAUAAUUCAGUAAAGCUUCAUGAAAUGGCUCUCCUUUUGAUGGUAAUAAGAAGUAUCCAGAGCCGAAUCUCUGCAAAGAAUCAGAAUUCUGUUCGGACGGGAGAUGAUAAGAACUCAUUGAAAAUAGGUACAGAAGUAUUUCAGAAUGAUUCUUUGCUUCCAGUUGUUGUAGUGGAUGGUGUUUCAUCAGGGCCAUCAGGUGGUUUAGAUGCUUAUAACAGGCAAGAGUCAGCUCCUGUGUUGGUUCCUGAUAGCAACAGCAUGUUAGCUCUAACACCAGUUGAGUCAUCUCUUAGUGCUUCAACUCUCCAUGACAUUGAUACUAAUAAAGGGACUACUCAAGUUGGAAGACAAAUUAUUCAAGGAAAUAUCAAGGAGAUGGUUAACAGAUGGGAAAUGAAUAACUUUGACUUGAAAACUGUAGUCAGAGAAGCACUGCAGUCUGGUCGCCUACCUUUAGCAGUUCUUCAGUUGCAGCUUUUGCGCCAGAGGGAAUUUGUCUCCAAUGAUGAUUCAGGAGAUGCUUUCUCUGAAGUUCAUGAAAUUGGAAGAUCCAUUGUGUAUGAUCUGUUGAUGAAGGGUGAAACUGGAUUGGCUGUAGCAACACUAGAAAGGCUGGGAGAUGAUGUAGAGUCAGACCUAAGAGAACUUAUGCAAGGUACUGUCAGGAGGUCACUAAGGCUACAAAUUGCUGACGAGAUGACGAAGCGUGGGUACAUAAGACCAAAUGAGUGGAAGAUGCUAGAAACUAUAACACUAAUUGAGCGGCUCUACCCGAGCAGCAGCUUCUGGGACACAUAUUUUUGCAGGGAGAAUGUCAUUCGUGAUGCUGCAAAAAUUGUUACACUGCCAGGAGAAGAUAAACCCGUAUUUUCUCUACAUUUUCGCAACCACCCCAUUAUUGAAUGUGGUGAUGUUGAUGGAGCAGUGCUUGGUUCUUGGGUGAACAUUAAUGAUUACAAUUACACUAAGGAGUUCUCUGGUAGCAACAUUUCUGAUGGUUAUUGGGCCUGUGCUGCUGUAUGGUCGGAUGCGUGGGAUCAGAGAACUGUGGACCGUAUAUUGCUGGACCAGCCUUAUCAUAUAAAUGCUCAUAUCCCAUGGGAAUCUCAGUUUGAAUAUUUUGUUGCUCAUAAUGAUGCGGGGAAAGUCUGCAAACUCCUGGACAUGAUUCCCAAUAGCAUACAUUCAGAAGGGAUUAUUAGAGUAAAUGUGGACAGUUUACAAGCCGCUGCCAACACUCUUUCUGAUUUAACACUCCCUGAUUACAACAUGUACAUAUGUGACUCAGAAGAGCUUGAACCAGUCUGUAUGGAGAUACCACAUGUUAAAGUAUUUAGAUCUUUGUGCAAUCAUGAAUCAACGUUAUAUAUUCGAAUGGUAAUGCAGCAGGAAUUGGCAAAGAAACACAUCUUUAUGAAAGAGUACUGGCAAUGUACUACUGAAAUUAUACCUUUGCUUGCUCGUGCUGGCAUACUUAUAAAGGUUGGUUCAAAGGAACAAUGUUCUACAACAUCUUUUGCUUCAGAGAUGCCAGAUGAUGCCCAUCACCAGGGUCGUGAAGGUGCACUGCAUAAGUUAAUUAUACGUUUCUGUGUGCAAUAUAACUUGCCAUAUCUACUGGACCUCUAUCUGGACAUCUGUAAUUUGGCUCCUGAAAAGGAUUGUAUCCGUUUGCUCAAAGAAACUGCAGGUGAUUGCAAGUGGGCACAAUGGUUGCUCUUCUCCAGGAUCAAAGGUCAUGAGUUUGAGGCAUCAUUCUCUAAUGCCUGUUGGAAUUUGUCAAAGAAAACGGUCAGUAAUAGUAGUCUUACUGCUGUUGAGAUAGAUGAAAUGUUGUAUACAGUAGAUGAUAUGGCUGAACGAAUUGGUGAAAUGUCUGCACUAGCUACCUUGAUGUAUGCUUCAGCACCAAUUCAGAAAUCCAUAUGUACUGGAAGUGUGAACAGAAGUGGUUCGUCUUCCCAGUGCACAUUGGAGAACCUGGCUCCUUGUCUCCAGCAAUUUCCAACGCUAUGGAAAACCCUUUUUUCUUCUUGUUUUGGCCAAGAUGAAUAUGGGUGUUUAAACUACUCUGCUGGUAAUGUGUUUGGAAAAAGAUCAAUUUCAGAGUACUUGAGAUGGCGCUAUAGCAUUUUUUCCUCUGCUGGAGGAGACACUUCGUUGUUGCAAAUGCUUCCAUGUUGGGUCCCAAAGUCUAUUAGAAGAUUAAUUCAAUUAUUUGAACAGGGCCCUUUUGGAAUGCAACUUCUAUCAAAUGUCCCAUCACUUGAAGAGUUAUUCACUCACAAUGUCACCGAUUAUAUAUACAAUUCCACUGGAUAUACUGAAGCCAGUGCAUUGUCCUUAGAAGCAUCGAUCCAAAAAAGUGUCGAAGAAGAAUUAUAUUCUUCCCUUGAGGAGAAAGAUGUGAGAGUGGAACACCAUUUGCACCGUGGUCGAGCCCUAGCUGCUUUCAGGCAUCUUAUUGCUAAGAGGGCUUCACAGUUGAAAUCAGCUAGUGCACGUCAAGUGAUAUCUGCACAGUCUAAUGUUCAAGCAGAUGUACAAUUGAUGCUUGCUCCUCUAAGUCAAGCUGAACGAUCAAUUCUUAUAUCGGUGGCUCCACUAGCUAUUACAAACUUUGAGGACUUGACUCUAGUUGCUUCCUGUAUAUUCUUGUUGGAACUUUGUGGUCACUGUGCCAACAUGCUUCGUUUAGAUAUUGCUGCACUACGACGCAUCUCUUCCUACUAUAAGUCAGUUCAAGAAAAUAAACAUGCUGAUCUAUCUUCACAAAGGGUCCCAGAGCUUCAUGUGCAGUCCCAUGGAGCUGGCAUAGCUCCUGCUCUAGCUCGAGCACUAGCUGAAGAUUAUGUCCAAUCUGAUCAUCUGCAUGUUUUGGAGCAGACUCAAACCUCAAUGGCUCCCAAGAAGGAACAGCCACAACAUCCUCUUAUUGCUAUUCUGCAACACCUUGAAAAAGCAAGUUUGCCAUCAUUGGAGGAAGAUAAAACUUGUGGAUUUUGGCUUUUAACUGGUGUUGGUAAUGCGUCUCUUUACAGAUCGCAACAGAAUGAAGCAAGUCAACACUGGAAUUUGGUUACUGAAUUCUGUCAGGCACACCAUCUCCCACUAAGUACAAAAUAUCUUGCUUUACUGGCCAAUGACAAUGAUUGGGUUGGCUUUUUAACAGAAGCUCAGAUAGCUGGAUUUCCUAUUGAAGUUGUUAUUGAAGUGGCAGCCAAAGAGAUCAGGGAUUCAAGAUUGAGGACUCACAUACUGACUGUUCUGAAAAAUAUGAUGUCACUUAGAAGGAAAGCAUCUGGUAAUAUACCUUCAGGAAGCAGUUAUUCAUCUUUCUCUGCUGUUGAUGGCAAUAAUCCCAUGGAACUUUUCUGCAUUCUUGGAGUCUGUGAAAAGCAAAAAAACCCUGGGGAGGCACUCCUGAUUAAAGCAAAACAAAUGCAGUGGUCUUUGCUUGCCAUGAUUGCUUCAUGCUUUCCAGAUGUAACUCCUCUCUCAUGCUUAAGUGUUUGGCUUGAGAUUACAGCCGCAAGGGAGAUGUCCUCGAUCAAGGUGGAUGAUGUUUCUUCGAAAAUAGCAAAGAAUGUUGGAUCUGCUGUUGAGGCCACAAAUAAAUUGCCAAGUUCUGGCAGAAAUGUUGAAUUUCGUUACAACAGGAAGAAUCCAAAGCGAAGACGGUUCCUGGAAGCCUCACAGGAAAAGCUCACAAUAUGUUUCUCACUAGAUAUCACAUGUGGGCCAGAUUCUGCUGCAACUUCCAAUCCUACAAAUAUUGAUGAUCAUCAGGAAGGAGGAAAGCCAAUCUCUGUUGAUAUUGAUGAAAGGCUUGCAUCUUUAUCAAACAUGGUAGCAGUGCUUUGUGAACAACAACUGUUUCUACCAUUACUUAGAGCUUUUGAAAUGUUUUUGCCUUCCUGCUCCCUUCUUUCCUUCAUCCGUUCUCUCCAGGCAUUUUCUCAAAUGCGUCUGUCCGAGGCUUCUGCACAUUUGGCAUCGUUUUCAACAAGAAUAAAAGAUGAAGCCUCUCAUACUCAACUAAACUCUUCCAAAGAAGUGUCAGUUAUAGCAGAAUGGGUGGCCGUUACAGCUGUAAAAGCUGCAGAUGCUGUCCUCUCAACCUGUCCAUCAAUUUAUGAGAAGAGGUGUUUACUGCAGCUUCUUUCAGCAGUGGACUUCGCCGAUGGUGGCACUUCAUCAUCUUACUUUAGCCGAAGAUAUUGGAAGAUUAAUCUUUCUGAACCUUCUUUGUGUAAAGAUGGUGAUAUCUACAACUGGAAUGAUUUGAUGGAUGAUGCUUCUCUUUUGACAUCAUUAGAAAAGGAUGGUCAAUGGGAGCAGGCUCGAACUUGGGCAAGACAACUGGAGUCAAGUGGCAUAGCUUGGGAGUCUACUCUUGACCAUGUCACUGAAUCACAGGCAGAAGCCAUGGUUGCUGAAUGGAAGGAGUUUCUUUGGGAUAUCCCACAAGAACGUGCAGCCUUGUGGGGUCACUGCCAAUCUCUCUUUAUGAGAUAUUCUUUCCCUCCUUUUAAGGCUGGAUUAUUUUUCCUUAAGCAUGCCGAAGCAGUAGGAAAAGAGAUACCAGCACAAGAGCUUCAUGAAAUACUAUUGCUCUCUCUACAAUGGCUAAGUGGAACUAUGACUAAAUCCCCUCCGGUUUAUCCUCUUCAUCUUUUGCGGGAAAUUGAGACUAGGGUGUGGCUCCUGGCUGUUGAGUCAGAGAGUCAAUCUAAGGCUGAUGGUGAAUUUGCGACUUCUGCUGUUGCUCAAAACAUAGCUGUUGGAAACAGUAGCAGUAUUAUAGAACAGACUGCUGAUGUCAUCACAAAAAUAGACAGUAAUAUGAGCUCGCCGCACAUGAAAGUUACAGAAAGGAAUGGCACACGGGACAGUUUAUCAAGCCAACAUGUGCAACUCUUUGAGUCUAACAGCGAAGCAUCUUCAACAACAAUAAAUAACACGAGAGCAAAGCGAAGGGUGAAAACAAGUUCACCACUUAGACGAGGGGCCAAUGACAAUAUUGAAAGUAGAAUUAACGAGCUGGAUAACAAUUCUAACACUUUUCAUAGUUCAAAGAUUGGAGAACAAGCUAGAAAUUUACUUUCUGAAGAGGAAUUUGCAAAAAUGGAAGCAUCUUUAUCUGGCUGGGAACAAAAUGUUAGGCCUGUAGAUAUGGAGAAGGCUGUGCUCUCCUUACUGGAAUUUGGGCAAAUAACUGCUGCUAAGCAACUCCAACAAAAGCUGUCUCCAUCAUAUAUUCCUGAAGAACUUGUCCUUGUUGAUGUUGCUUUAAGAAUUGCCAAUAGCAGCAGUAGUGGAGAGAUCAGUUUGUCAUGCUUUGACACACAGGCUCUUUCGAUACUUCAGUCACUGGAAGUAGCAAAUAGCUGCGAUAUGAUUAGCCCAUCACAGGUUAUGGAGAUACUAGCUGUGAAAUGUGGUGAGGGCCGUGGGCGAGCUCUUAUUAGGAGAAUAAUAGCAAUUGUUCGAACUGCUAAAUUACUGGGACUCCCAUUUUCUGAAGCAUUUGAGAAACAGCCAAUUGAACUUCUACAGUUGCAUUCCCUGAAAGCCCAGGAUUCUUUUGAUGAAGCAAAAUUUCUGGUGGAGACACACAUCAUGCCUGCAUCUAGCAUUGCCAGAAUUAUAGCAGAUUCGUUUCUAAAGGGGCUUUUAGCCGCGCAUCGUGGAGGCUAUUUGGAUUCCCAAAAGGAAGAGGGUCCUGCACCUCUAUUGUGGAGAUCAAGUGACUUCUUAAAGUGGGCAAAACUAUGUCCAUCGGAAUCAGAAAUUGGCCAUGCUUUGAUGCGUUUGGUAAUGACUGGACAUGAAGUACCACAUGCUUGCGAGGUUGAACUCCUAAUAUUGUCACACCACUUCUACAUGUCAUCUUCUUGUCUUGAUGGAGUGGAUGUUCUCGUCACAUUUGCAGCAAAUAGAGUGGAGUCAUAUGUUUCAGAGGGGGAUUUUUCUUGUUUAGCUCGCUUGAUCACUGGAGUGAGCAAUUUCCAUUCCUUGAGCUUCAUUCUUUCGAUCCUUGUAGAGAAUGGCCAAUUGGAGUUGCUGCUUCAAAAGUACUCUGCCACUGACACAGCCACAGGGACGCCUGCAUUGGUUCGAGGAUUUAGGAUGGCUGUUAUUACAUCACUGAAACAGUUUAACCCGAAUGAUGAUGACGCUCUCUCUAUGGUAUACAAGCACUUUGACAUGAAGCAUGAGGCUGCUUCUCUCCUUGAAUUGCGUGCAGAGCAAUACAUGAACAGCUGGUUAUCUCGAUAUGACAAGGAACGGCGAAAUGAUGAGCUUCUUGAGGCUAUGCAUCAUCUUGUAGAGACAGCUGAGGUUCUUUCAACUAUUGAUGCUGGCCAAAGAACACAUCGUGCUUGUGCCCGUGCUUCUCUUCUGUCACUUCAGAUCCGAAUACCUGAUCUUAUGUGGAUUGGUCUUUCGGAGACCAAUGCCCGGCGAAUUUUUGUGGAACAAUCUAGGUUCCAGGAAGCUCUUAUUGUUGCUGAAGCAUACAACAUAAAUCAACCUAUAGAAUUUGCUCCAGUCUUUUGGAAUCAAAUGCUAAAGCCGGAUCUAAUCGAGCAAUUCGUGGCUGAGUUUGUAUCAGUGCUGCCCCUGCAGCCACCAAUGCUUCUCGAGCUUGCAAGGUUUUACAGGGCGGAGGUGGCAGCCAGGGGAGAGCAAUCACACUUCUCUGUCUGGCUUUCACCUGGAGGCUUGCCUGCAGAGUGGGUGAAACAUCUUGGCAGAUCAUUCAGGAGCCUGCUGCGUAGAACAAGGGACAUGAGGCUGAGGCUGCAGUUGGCAACUCUGGCGACAGGCUUCAUUGAUGUCCUUGACAUUUGCAAUAGAGUCUUGGAUAAAGUCCCGGACAAUGCUGGCCCACUGAUCCUAAGGAAGGGCCAUGGCGGGGCGUACCUUCCUCUCAUGUAA